UAUCACUCAACAGUCACCAACAGACCAAUUCCUCGCCUCUACUCCACGGCCACAACCGACAGCGCGAACGCAGCCUGAUAGCCAAUCAAUCCACUAACCCCACACAACCCCUCUCCAAAUUCGAGAUUCGUGAGGGGGCCAUCCGCAAAAGACCACACAGACCAACUCGCCGGCCAACACUCGCCGGCGCGCCGCUCCCGCCAUGGCCGCCGCCACCGCCGCGGACUCUGUCAAGCAGCCGCUCCUCCACCGCGCGUACCCGUCCCGCGCCGCCUCCGCCUCGUCGCCCUCCCUCCCCUCCGCCCCGCCCGGGGGUGCCGCGGCCCGCCGCUUCCCGGGCGGCCUCGACGUCCCCAACCUCAAGAAGCGCGGCGGCGGCACGCGCAGCUGGAUCCGCGUCGAGGCCGCCUCGGCGUCCGUGCAGACGCUCGAGAUCGACAAGGCCACCAUGAUGCGGCGCUGCGAGCUCCCCGCGCGGGACCUCCGCCUGCUCGACCCGCUCUUCGUGUACCCGUCCACGAUCCUGGGCCGCGAGCGCGCCAUCGUCGUCAACCUGGAGCAGAUCCGGUGCGUGAUCACCGCGGACGAGGUGCUCCUGCUCAACUCCCUCGACAGCUACGUCCUCCAGUACGCCGCCGAGCUCCAGCGUCGCCUGCUCCAGCGCGCCGAGGGCGACGAGCUCCCCUUCGAGUUUCGCGCGCUCGAGCUCGCCCUCGAGGCUGCUUGCUCCUUCCUCGACGCCCAGGCAGCAGAAUUGGAAAUUGAAGCAUAUCCAUUGUUGGAUGAGCUGACAUCGAAAAUCAGUACUCUAAAUUUGGAACGUGUCCGGCGAUUAAAAAGUAGACUUGUAGCUUUGACAAGAAGAGUUCAGAAGGUCAGGGAUGAAAUAGAACAGCUAAUGGAUGAUGAUGGCGAUAUGGCCGAGAUGUAUCUCACCGAGAAAAAGAUGAGGAUGGAAUCAUCUGUCUUUGGUGAUCAGUCUUUGUUGGGAUACAGUUCAGCAGCCGCUGGGACAUCAGUUUCGGCUCCUGUAUCUCCAGUCUCGUCACCCACAGAAUCACGGAAGCUGGAGAAAGCUUUCAGCUUGUGUAGAAGUAGGCAUGACAGUGUGAAGAGCUCAGAUAACACAAUGACAGAACAUAUUCAAGAGCUGGAGAUGUUGCUGGAAGCAUAUUUUGUUGUUAUUGACAGCACUCUCAACAAGCUGACUUCGCUGAAGGAGUACAUUGACGACACUGAAGAUUUUAUCAACAUUCAGCUGGACAAUGUGCGGAAUCAGCUGAUCCAGUUUGAGUUGCUGCUAACGACGGCAACAUUUGUUGUGGCUAUUUUUGGAGUGGUCGCGGGGAUAUUUGGGAUGAACUUCGAGUCUUCAGUUUUCAAGAUACAGAACGCAUUCCAGUGGGUUCUCAUCAUUACUGGAGUGGUCGGUGCUUUCAUCUUCUGCUGCUUCCUUUGGUUCUUCAAGUACAAGAGACUGAUGCCUCUAUAGAGUACAUACCUUCCAUAGGACCAAUGAAUCAAUUGAUCGUCUCUCAACCUUAUAAUCUGUAAAUUUACCAUUCUUUUAGAGAUUUACGGCAUACCUACCGAGGAUUCGGAUGAAAAUGUAUUUUUCCUAAUAUGAUGCAUGUGCUGUUUAAGGGAAUUUUACAGUUUAUAGAAAUAAAGAAUAAGUUCAUUUUACUUGCUCGAACUA